CUUUGAAGAAGUUUGGGGAAAAAAGUUUGGAAAAGUUUCUAUAAUAACGAGGGGGCGUCCGGAGGGAGGCGGCGGCGGCGGAGGAGGGGGCGUCUCAGAGAAGGGAGGGCGGGAGCCACGGGUCAAGAUACUGCAGCCUCCUGAGAUCCCCCCUCCCACCCAGACCGGGACCUGGGGGCUCUGGCCGGAUCCAUGGGGGCAGCAAGCUGCGAGGAUGAGGAGCUGGAAUUUAAGCUGGUGUUCGGGGAGGAAAAGGAGGCCCCCCCGCUGGGCGCGGGGGGGUCGGGGGAAGAACUGGACUCAGAGGACACCCCACCAUGCUGCCGUCUGGGCCUGGGGGAGCCCCCUCCCUAUGGUGCUGCCCCUAUUGGCAUUCCCCGGCCCCCACCCCCUCGGCCUGGCAUGCACUCCCCACCACCCCGCCCGGCCCCCUCACCUGGCACUUGGGAGAGCCAGCCAGCCCGGUCAGUGAGGCUGGGGGGACCGGGAGGGGGCUCCGGGGGGGCUGGGGGAGGCCGUGUUCUUGAGUGUCCCAGCAUCCGCAUCACCUCUAUCUCUCCCACUCCCGACCCGCCAGCUGCGCUGGAGGACAACCCAGAUGCCUGGGGGGAAGGAUCCCCCAGGGAUUACCCCCCACCAGAAGGCUUUGGAGGCUACCGAGAGGCAGGGGGCCAGGGCGGGGGUCCCUUCUUCAGCCCGAGCCCUGGCAGCAGCAGCCUGUCUUCCUGGAGCUUCUUCUCAGAUGCCUCUGACGAGGCAGCCUUGUAUGCAGCCUGUGACGAGGUGGAGUCUGAGCUAAAUGAGGCGGCCUCCCGCUUUGGCCUAGGCUCCCCACUGCCCUCACCCCGGGCCUCCCCUAGGCCGUGGACCCCCGAUGACCCCUGGAGCCUGUAUGGUCCGAGCCCUGGAGGCCGGGGUCCAGAGGAUAGCUGGCUACUCCUCAGCGCUCCUGGGCCCACCCCAGCUUCCCCACGACCUGCCUCUCCAUGUGGCAAGCGGCGCUAUUCCAGCUCAGGAACCCCAUCUUCGGCCUCCCCAGCUCUGUCCCGCCGAGGCAGCCUAGGGGAGGAGGGGCCUGAGCCACCUCCAGCACCCCCAUUGCCUCUGGUCCGGGACCCGGGCUCCCCUGGCCCCUUUGACUACACGGGGGCCCCACCAGCCGAGAGCAUCCCUCAGAAGACCCGGAGGACUUCCAGCGAGCAGGCGGUGGCCCUGCCUCGGUCUGAGGAGCCUGCCCCGUGCAAUGGGAAGCUGCCUUCGGGAGUAGAGGAGGCUGGGGCUCCUCCCGGGGGUCCUCGGAAGGAGGUUGCCGGCAUGGACUACCUGGCGGUGCCUUCCCCACUGGCUUGGUCCAAGGCCCGGACUGGGGGACACAGCCCCAUCUUCAGGACCUCUGCCCUCCCCCCGCUGGACUGGCCUCUGCCCAGCCAGUAUGAGCAGCUGGAGCUGAGGAUCGAGGUGCAGCCCAGAGCCCAUCACCGGGCCCACUAUGAGACAGAGGGCAGCCGGGGAGCUGUCAAAGCUGCCCCUGGUGGUCACCCCAUUGUCAAGCUCCUAGGCUACAGUGAGAAGCCACUGACCCUACAGAUGUUCAUCGGCACCGCAGAUGAGAGGAACCUGCGACCUCACGCUUUCUAUCAGGUGCACCGUAUCACGGGCAAGAUGGUGGCCACGGCCAGCUACGAAGCUGUAGUCAGUGGUACCAAGGUGUUGGAGAUGACCCUGCUCCCUGAGAACAACAUGGCAGCGAACAUUGACUGUGCCGGAAUCCUGAAGCUUCGGAAUUCAGACAUUGAGCUGCGGAAGGGUGAGACGGACAUCGGGCGCAAGAACACACGCGUGCGGCUGGUAUUCAGGGUACACGUGCCCCAAGGCAGCGGGAAGGUCAUCUCGGUGCAGACAGCAUCGGUGCCCAUCGAGUGCUCCCAGCGCUCAGCUCAGGAGCUGCCCCAGGUGGAGGCCUACAGCCCCAGUGCCUGCUCCGUGACGGGAGGGGAGGACCUAGUGCUGACUGGCUCCAACUUCCUGCCUGACUCCAAGGUGGUGUUCAUCGAGAGGGGCCCUGACGGAAAGCUGCAAUGGGAGGAGGAGGCCACAGUGAACCGGUUGCAGAGCAAUGAGGUGACGCUGACCCUGACCAUCCCUGAGUACAGCAACAAGCGGGUGUCCCGGCCAGUCCAGGUCUACUUUUACGUCUCCAACGGGCGGAGGAAGCGCAGUCCUACCCAGAGUUUCAAGUUCCUGCCUGUGAUCUUCAAGGAGGAGCCUCUACCGGACGCAUCUCUCCGGGGCUUCCCUUCAGCAUCGGGCCCCCACUUUGGCUCUGACAUGGACUUCUCACCACCCAGGCCCCCCUACCCCUCCUAUCCCCAUGAAGACCCUGCUUAUGAAACUCCUUACCUGUCAGAAGGCUUCAGCUAUGGCACGCCCCCUCUGUACCCCCAGACGGGGCCCCCGCCAUCCUACAGACCUGGCCCGCGGAUGUUCCCUGAGACUGGGGGUACCACAGGUUGCGCCCGCCCACCUCCAGUCUCAUUCCUUCCCCGGCCCUUCCCUAGUGACCCCUAUGGAGGACGGGGCUCCCCCUUUCCCCUGGGGCUGCCGUUCCCUCCUCCAGCCCCCUUCCGGCCUCCACUACCUUCAUCCCCACCACUUGAAGGCCCCUUCGCUCCCCAGAGCAGUGUUCACCCCCCACCUGCUGAGGGUUACAGUGAGGUAGGGCCAAGCUAUGGCCCUGGGGAGGGGGCUCCGGAGCAGAAGUCCAGGGGUGGCUACGGCGGCAGCUUCCGAGACAGUGUCCCUAUCCAGGGUAUCACGCUGGAGGAAGUGAGUGAGAUCAUUGGCCGAGACCUGAGUGGCUUCCCUGCACCUCCUGGAGAAGAGCCUCCCGCCUGAACCAUCGCCUGGCCCCCGCUCCCCCCUGCCCUGCCCACUUUCCCUUCAUCCUGGGAUGGCGGUUCCAGAGGCUUGGGGGCCAAUCUGGUUCCUCUUUCCCCAGUUUCUUGCCUGCUCUCCCCUGCCCUCCCUUCCCUCCCCUAGCUGAGGUGUGGCCCCCGGGGCCUGGUGCUGCCUUGGAGGGCUGGGGGCGGGGGAAUGUGGAGGCCUGGGAUGGGGGUGGACCCUGGGGGGGUACUGGGAGCGAGGACUGGAGGACUGCCGGGAGUGAAGGCCGUGUCUAGAUUGUGUACAGCCCACGGUGCUGGGAGGCUGGGGCCAGGUUGAUGGGUAAUAAACUGCUCGCUGACUAGUG